AUGAGUCUGUGUUGCAGUAGCCCUGUGUGCCAGACCCUGACCACUCUGGAGUCUGGCGUGGCCCCUGGUCCUGGAGGCCUGAGGGUGUGGGGAGCUCAGGGUGGGAGCUGCAGCUUGGGGCUUGGCACUCCAGUGGCCUGGGGUGACUCUGACCUAGGCUGCCUUGUCCUCAGGGACAUCUCCCACAACCUCCUCCAGGCGCUGGACAUGGGGCUCCUGGUAAACCUCUCAGCCCUGACGGAAUUGGACAUAAGCAGCAAUGAGAUUUCAACGCUAGAAGAAGGAACAUUUGCUAAUUUAUUUAAUUUAAGUGACUUAGACCUGAGUGGAAACCCGCUCCAGUGUGACUGUGCUAUGGCAUGGCUGCCGCGCUGGGCACAGGGGCAAGGGGUGCGCCUGGGGCAGCCCGAGGGGCUCAGGUGUGCGGGGCCGGAGCCCCUGGCUGGGCGGCCCCUGCUCAGCAUCCCCUUCACGGACCACAGCUGUGGUGAGGACUACAUCGCCUGUCUCCCUGAUGACAGCUCAGGGGCGGUGACGCUGGUGGCCUUUGCGGUGGCCCAUGAGCGCCCCCUGGUGGCCGAGGCCUGUGGUGCUUUCUGCUUUGCUGUGGGCCAGGGUCUGGCGGCGCUGUCUGAGCAGGGCCUAUGUCUGUGUGGGGCGGCCCGUUCCCCCAAUGCUUCUGCAGCCUGCCUGCCUUUCUGCUCUGGACCCCUGCUGCCCACUGCCUGCGGUGGCCCCACCCUGCUCCCCCACAUCUUCCCCGCCACCCCAGGGGCCACCCUGGAGUCACCCCUGGGGUCCCUGGCCACUGGCCGCCUGGCCACCUUCCAUGUCACCACUGCACUGCCCGUUGUAACAGUUCUCUGGGACUUUGGUGACGGCUCCCCCGAGGUGGACAUGGCUGGAGUGACUGUCACACACCGCUACUUGCUGCCUGGAUACUACCAGGUGAAAGCCCGUCUGGCCUUGGGAGCCGCCUCAGCCCAGCUGGCCACCGAGGUGCAGGUGGAGGCAGCCCCCACCAUCUUGGAGCUUGUCUGCCCAGCCUCCGCGUACAGCAACCAGACUCUUGAGCUCAGUGUUCGGAAUCGGGGUGGUACUGGACUCAAGGCCACCUACAGCAUCGUGGCUCUGGAUGAGGAGCCAGCCCGAGUGGUACACCCCCUCUGCCCCGCGGACACAGAGAUCUUCCCUGGAAACGGGCACUGCUACCGCCUGGUGGCCGAGAAGAUGCCCUGGCUGCAGGCUCAGGAGCAGUGCCGGGCCUGGGCCGGGGCCGCGCUGGCCAUGGUGGACAGCCCAGGAGUCCAGCACUUCCUCGUCUCCCGUGUCACCAGGAGCCUGGACGUGUGGAUUGGCUUUUCAGCCGUGGAGGGGCCAGGGGCAACCCCACAGGGUGAGGCCUUCAGCCUGGAGAGCUGUCAGAACUGGCUGCCAGGAGAACCGGACCCCGCCACGGCCGAGCACUGUGUGCGCCUGGGGCCUGCGGGCCAGUGCAACACCGACCUGUGUUCGGCCCCACACAGCUACGUCUGCGAGCUGCGGCCUGGAGGCCCUGUGUGGGAUGCAGAGAACUUCUUCAUGGGAGUCCCCACUGGGGACCUUCAGGGACCCCUACGCCCCCUGGUACAGCAGGAGGCCUUGGCAGCCCCUCAGGAGCCCGUGGAGGUGAUGGUGUUUCCCAGCCUGACCCUGAAGCACGCAGCCUUCCUGACCACAGUCGAGUUCGGGACCCAAGAGCUUGGCUGGCCCGCCCAGCUGAGGCUGCAGGUGUUCCGACCCACAGGCGGCACAGGGGACCCUGAACACAGUAGCGAGCCCCAGAGAGGGUCCCUGGAGAACAGUACCGCGCUGGCCCCAACCUGCAGGCCGGAGGGAGGCUGGUGCCCCAUGGGCAACAUCUGCCUGCCGCUGGACACACCUGACCACCCUGGGGCCUGCGCCAAUGAGUCCACGCAGGAGUCUGGGCUCCCCAGGGCCACCUACAUGCUGUGGAGAGAGUUCCUUCUGUCUGUGCCCACAGGGCCCCCCACACAGUACUCGAUAUCUGUUGGAGACCAAGAUGUGGCCCUGCUCCCUGGGGACUUACUGGCCUUGCAGCAUGAUGCAGGCCCGGGCACCCUCCUACGCUGCUCUCCUGACCUCAGUCCCCUGGCUUCCUCACCCUCCUACCUCUUGGUCAACACCUCAGCCUGGCUGACCCACCUGCCCACCCAGCUGGAGACUGCCCAGGACGGCCUGGUCUGUGCCCUGCGGCUGUUUGGGGCCACAGAGCGCCUCACUCCGCUACUGGGCCCGAGUCCCAAACCUGGGCUUGGGCUGCAGCGUCCUGGGCACUACGCGGUCCAGGCUGCGGUGAGCAAUGGCGUGUCCACAUAUAACCUGUCCUGCAGCUUCACGGUGGCCUCUCCCAUGGCUGGACUGCGCGUCGUCUACCCUGCUGCCACUGACGGCCACCUCUACGUCCCCACCAACCACUCAGCCCUGGUGCUGGCAGUGAAUGCUGGUGUCAAUGCCACAGCCACGGCCCACUGGUCAGGGGGCAACACCAGUGCCGCCUUUGAGGCUGCCUGCCCUGCUGUGGUGGACAACCUGAUGCCCAGCUGCCCCCAUGAGGCCAAUGGCACACUGUUCUGUGUGCUGAUGCUGCACGGGCUCGGGGAGGGGGAGCACACGGUGGAGGUGGAAGCUGGGGACAGCGUCAGCCAGGCCCGCCUCACUCUGCGGGUAACUGCCGAGGAACCUGUACGUGGCCUCCGUGCCACACCGAGCCCCGAGUCCCGUGUGUUGCAGGGUGUUCUUGUGAGGUACAGCCCCGUGGUGGAGGCCGGCUCAGAUGUGGUCUUCCGGUGGACUAUUGAUGACAAGCAGUCCCUGACAUUCCACAAUGUUGUCUUCAACGUCAUCUACCAGAGCGCAGCCAUCUUUAAGCUCUCGCUGACAGCCUCCAACCACGUGAGCAGCACCACUGCCAGCUACAACGUCACCGUGGAACGCAUGAACCGGAUGCGUGGACUGCGGGUGUCGGCUGUGCCGGCUGUGCUACCCCAAAACGCCACACUGGUGCUGACAGCCGAUGUGCUGGUGGACUCGGCUGUUGGGGUGGCCUUCCUGUGGACCUUCGGGGAUGGAGAGCAAGUGCUAGGCCAGUUCAAGCCUCCGUACGAUGGGUCCUUCCUACUUCCGGAGCCCACAGUGGCUCAGGUGCUCGUGGAGCACAACGCCACACACACGUACGUCACUCCAGGUGACUACAAUGUGACCUUGCUCGUGUACAACACCUUCGAGAACCUGACGUGGCAGGCGCCCAUCAGCACGCGGGCUGCCCUGAUGGCCCUGGCUGUGGGGGUGGGCAGCCAUGUACUGGUGGCUGGUCGAUCAGUCACCUUUUUCCCGCUACCUUCGACCUCACCCGGGGACACUCAGUACACAUGGGACUUUGGGGAUGGCUCCCCAGUUGAGCUGCAGACCAAGGCAACCAUUAACCACACGUAUGUCUCAAGGGGCACGUACUGUGUCCGCCUGGAGGCCAACAACACAGUGAGCCACGUGGCAGCAAAGGCCCACGUCCAGGUUCUUGAGGGACCACGUGGCUUGAGUGUGAGUCUGAGUCCCUCUGUGGAACAGGGCGCUGUGGUGCAGGUCCACGCUGAGCUGGAGGCAGGUGACAACAUCACCUGGACCUUCGACAUGGGCGACGGCACAGUGCUGGUAGGCCCCGAGCCUGCUGCUGAGCACGUGUACCUGAGGGCACAGAACUGCACCGUGACGGUGACAGCGGCCAGCCCUGCCGGCCACCUGGCCCAAAGCCUGCCCCUGUACAUCUUUGUUCUGGAGGUGCUGCGAAUUGAGCCGGCUGGCUGCAUCCCCAUACAGCCCAAUGCCCCACUGAUGGCCCAUGUCACCGGGGACCCCACCCACUAUGUCUUUGAGUGGACCUUCGGGGAUGGCUCACCGAAUGCCACCGUCCACGGGAGACCCGUGGUGACGCACAACUUCACUCACAGUGGCACCUUCCCGCUGGCCCUGGUGCUGUCGAGCCAUUCUAACAAGGCACACUACUUCUCCAGCAUCUGUGUGGAACCCGAGCUCGGCAACGUCACCCUGGGGCCCAACAGGCAGUUCGUGCGGCUCGGGGACUCAGCCCGGCUAGAGGCACGUGUGUGGCCCCCCUUCCCCUACCGCUACACCUGGGACUGGGGUUCCGAGGAUGCUGCCACCCGUUUAGGGGGCCCCGAGGCCACCCACACCUACCAGGAACCUGGCACCUACCUGGCGACAGUAACCGUGUCCAAUAACGUUUCAGCCAGCAAUGACUCUGCCGUGGUGGAGGUGCAGCAGCCCGUGACAAUUGUGGGCAUCAGGGUGAACGGCUCUCACGUGCUGGAGACGCAGCAGCCGUACCUGUUCAGUGUGGCGGGCCGCGGCAGCCCCGCCACCUACCUGUGGGAGCUAGGGGACGGUGGGCGGCUUGAGGGCACGGCAGUCACCCACACCUACAACCGCACGGGCACCUUCUGCGUCAGGGUGGCUGGCUGGAAUGAGGUGAGCCGUGGCGAGGCCCGGCUGAACGUAACAGUGGCGCGGCGCGUGCAGGGGCUCCGCGUCAAUGCCAGCCGCACAGUGGUGCCCCUCAAUGGCAGUGUCAGCUUCAGUACUACGCUGGAGGCAGGCAGCGACGCGCGCUACUCCUGGGUCCUCUGUGACCGCUGCACCCCCAUCCCUGGGGGCCCCACCAUCUCCUACACCUUCCGCUCCGUGGGCACCUUCAACAUAAUUGUCACAGCUGAGAAUGCAGUGGGCACUGCGCAGGACAGCAUUUUCAUCUAUGUGUUGGAGUACAUCGAAGGGCUCCAGGUGGUGGGUGGCGGAGACAGCGGAUGCCUCCCCACCAACUGCACACUGCAGCUGCAGGCUGUGGUCCGGGACGGCACCAACAUCUCCCACAGCUGGACUGCCCAGCGGGAUGGGGGUCCACUGCUGACCGCCACUGGCAGGGUCUUCUCCCUCACUGUGCUGGAACCCGGCACUUACCUCGUACAGUUGCGGGCUGCUAACAUGCUGGGCAGUGCCUUGGCCAACCGCACUCUGUGCUUUGUGGACCCUUUAGGGUUACUGACUGUGGUUGCUACCCCCAACCCGGCUGCCGUCAACCAGAGCAUCGCUCUGGUGGCUGGGCUCUCAGGUGGCAGCGGUGUUACUUUCACUUGGGAUCUGGAGGGCAGGCCCCGCUGGGUGACCUCAGGACCGGCCAUGACCUAUGCCUUCAGCAGCCCUGGUCCACACGUGGUCACAGUCACAGCAGAAAACGCACUGGGGGUGGUCAAUGCCACCGUCACGGUGAUGGUGCAGGUACCAGUGAGCGGCCUCUGUAUCCGGGCCUGUGAGUUAGACUGCAGCUUCGUGGCGGCCGGCUCCACUGUGCCCUUCUGGGGACAGCUGGCCACUGGCACCGAUGUGAGCUGGAGCUGGGCAGUGCCAGGGGGCCACAGGCUGCAGGGCCAGCAGGUGGCUGUGACCUUUGCUGAAGCCGGCACUUUUUCAGUCCAGCUCAAUGUCUCCAAUUCAGUCAGCUGGGAGACAGCCGUGCACAACCUCACAGUGGAAGAACCCGUGGCAGGUCUGGCGCUGUGGGCCAGCAACAAGGUGGUGGAGCCGGGGCAGCCCGUGGACUUCCAGGUGCUGCUGACCGCUGGCUCCAGAGUGGUGCUGCGCCUGCAGGUGGGCGGGGCCAGCCCUGAGCUGCUGGGCGGGCCCCACUUCUCUCGAAGCUUUCCCCGUGCUGGGGACUAUGUGGUGAGUGUGCAGGCCGAGAACCACGUGAGCCGGGCGCAGGCACAGGUGCGCAUAGCUGUGCUGGAGGCCAUCGUAGGACUGUGGACGCCGCACUGCUGCCCGCGGGGUGUGCCUACGGGGGCCGAGCAGAACUUCACAGCCCGUGUGCAGAGCGGCUCCCGUGUCCAGUACGCCUGGUACUUCUCGCUGCAGAAGGUGCGUGGUGACUCACUGGUCAUCCUGUCGGGCCGAGACGUCACUUACACACCUGUAGCCGCGGGACUAUUGGAGGUCCAGGUGCGUGCCUUCAAUGAGCUAGGCAGCGUCAACCUCACACACCAGCUUGAGGUGCAGGACGUCAUCCGGCACGUGGCUCUGCAUGGUGGCCGCUGCUUCGCCAACCGCUCAGCCCGCUUUGAGGCCUCCACCAGUCCCAACCCACGGCGCGUGGCCUUCCGCUGGGACUUCGGUGAUGGGUCCGAAAUAGACGUGACAGCGGAGCCCUGGGUUACCCACGCGUACUUGCGACCCGGCGACUACCUUGUGCGGGUCAACGCGUCCAACCUGGUCAGCUUCUGUGUGGCGCAGGCCACGGUGACGGUGCACGUUCUGGCCUGUGAGGAGCCCACGGUGGUUGUGGCUCUGCCCCCGCACGUGCUGAUGCUGCGUUCACAGCGCAACUACCUAGAGGCCCACAUGGACCUGCGUGGCUGCGUCACCUACCAGACCGAGUACCGCUGGGAGGUGUAUCGCACCACCAGCUGCCAGAAACCUGGGCGUGCAAGAAGCUUGGCCUUGCCCGGCGUGGAUGUCAGCCGGCCGCAGUUGGUGUUACCACGGCUGGCGCUGCCCGUGGGCCACUACUGCUUUGUGUUUGUGGUGUCGUUCGGUGACACGCCACUGGCUCGCAGCAUCCAGACCAACGUGACGGUGGCCCCUGAACGCCUGGUUCCCAUCAUCGAAGGCGGUUCGUACCGUGUGUGGUCGGACACGCAGGACCUGGUAUUGGACGGGAGCCGGUCCUACGACCCCAACCUAGAGGAUGGUGACCAGACGCCACUCAGCUUCCACUGGGCCUGUGCCGCUGCCUCCCAGGCUGAGGCCAGUGGGUGUGUGCUGAACUUCGGGCCCCGUGGGAGCCCCAUGGUCACCAUCCCCCGGGAGCGGCUAGAGGCUGGCGUGGAGUACACCUUCGACCUGACUGUGUGGAAGGCUGGCCGGAAGGAGGAGGUGACCAACCAGACGGUGCUGAUCCGGAGUGGGCGGGUACCCAUCGUGUCCCUGGAGUGCGUGUCCUGCAAAGCACAGGCUGUGUACGAAGUUAGCCGCAGCUCCCACAUCUACCUGGAAGGUCACUGUCUCAACUGCAGCCACGGUUCCAAGCAGGGGCGUUGGGCAGCACGCACCUUUAGUAACCAGACGCUGGUGCUGGACGAGACGUCCACGUCAACGGGCAGCACGGGCAUGCGGCUAGUGGUGCGGCGAGGCGUGCUGCGGGAUGGUGAGGGUUACAUCUUCACGCUCACCGUGCUGGGCAGCUCCGGUGAGGAGGAGGGCUGCGCCUCCAUCCGCCUGUCGCCCAAUCGCCCGCCGCUGGGCGGCUCUUGCCUCCUUUCUCCGCUGGAUGGUGUGCGGGCCCUCACCACCAGGGUGCACUUUGAAUGUACAGGUUGGCAUGAUGCGGAGGACGCGGACGCCCCGCUGCUGUAUGCUUUGCUGCUCAGACGCUGUCGCCAGAGCCACUGUGAAGAAUUCUGCAUCUAUAAGGGCAGCCUGUCGUCGUACGGGGCAUUGCUGCCCCCUGGCUUUUCGCCGCACUUCUCCAUGGGCCUGGCCUUGCUGGUGCAGGACCAGCUGGGUGCGGCCGUGGUCGCCUUUAACAGGUCUCUGGUCAUCCUGCCUCCUGAGCCCCCUGGGAGUCUCCUGGGCCUCACACGCUGGCUGCACAGCUUGACAGAGAGCAAACUGUCUGGGCUGCUGCGGCAGGCUGACCCUCAGCAUGUUAUAGAAUACUCGCUGGCCCUGGUCACUGUGCUUAAUGAGUACGAACAGACCCCAGCAGCUAUGGAGGAGCCUGCCUAUGAGCGGCAGCUGCGUGCCCAAAUGCGCAAGAACAUAACUGAGACACUGGUGUCCCUGCGUGUGGACACUGUGGAUGACAUCCAGCAGAUUGCAGCUGCGUUGGCCCAGUGCACGGUGUCCCGCGGGGAGUUGGUGUGCCGGCCCUGCCUGAAGAAGACGCUGCAUAAGCUGGAGGCCAUGAUGCGGGUUCUGCAGGCUGAGACCACCGAGGGCACCGAGACGCCCACUGCCAUCGCCGACAGCAUCCUCAACAUCACCGGUGACCUCAUUCACUUGGCCAGUGCCGAUGUGCAGGGCCCGCCCCAGGGAGAGCCAGGUACGCUGGAGGCAGCGCGGCCCUCGCUGCUGGUGGCCUCACGGGCCUACAACCUGUCAUCAGCCCUCAUGCGUAUUCUCAUGCGCUCCCGUGUACUCAAUGAGGAGCCCCUGACGCUUGCUGGGGAGGAGAUCGUGGCCCAGGGCAAGCGCUCGGACCCACUGAGCCUGCUGUGCUCGGGCCACCCCGCCAGCUCUGGCUGCCAUUUCUCCAUCCCCGCUGCCUUCAGCGGGGCUCUGGCUGGCCGAAGCGAUGUGGUGCAGCUCAUCUUCCUCGUGGACUCCAACCCCUUCCCCUUCGGCUAUGUUGACAAUUACACCGUGUCCACCAAAGUGGCUUCCAUGGCCUUCCAGACGCAGGCCGGUGCCCAGAUCCCCAUUGAGCGGCUGGCCUCGGAACGGGCCAUCAGAGUCAUGGUGCCCAGCAGUGCUGGCGUGGCCGGUCCGGGCCACAGUGUGCCCCCCGCUGCCAUUGCCACUGUGCCACCGCGGGCCUCCGUUGGUGCCGAAGUUGUCCCAGAGAGCAGCAACCCCGCAGCCGCACUCCACCUGCAGCUGACCUUUAGGGUGCUCGAUGGUAGCUACCUGUCCCAGGAGCCCGAACCCUACCUGGCCGUGUACCUGCACUCUGCAGCCUGGCCCAAUGAGCACAACUGUUCGGCCAGGCGACAGAUCAACCUACAGGCGCUGGCGGGGAAGGACCACAAGGCUUACACCUUCUUCAUCGCCCCCGGGACUGGAGAGCCUGAUGGGAGUUACCACCUGAACCUGACUAGCCACUUCCACUGGUCAGCACUGGAUGUAUCUGUUGGGCUGUACACGUCACUGUGCCAGUACUUCAGCGAGGAGGACAUGGCAUGGCAUACGGAGGGCAUCGAGGCUCUGGAGGACACCUCACCCAGCCAGGCUGUCUGCCUCACCCGCCACCUCACUGCCUUCGGGGCCAGCCUCCUCGUACCGCCCAGCCGUGUUAGCUUCGUCUUUCCCGAGCGAGUCGCAGGCGUGAACCACGUCGUGCUGCUGACGUGCACUGUGUGCCUGGUGACCUACGUGGUCACAGCAGCCAUCCUGCGGAAGCUGGACCAGCUGGACAUGCGCCGUGUCUGUGUCAUCCCUUUCUGCGGGAAGGGCGGCCGCUUCAAGUAUGAGAUCCUGGUCAAGACUGGCUGGGGCCGAGGCUCAGGUACCACAGCACAUGUAGGCAUCAUGCUGUAUGGAGCCGAUAGCCGAAGUGGACACCGGCACCUAGACGGGAACGGGGCCUUCCACCGUAACAGCCUGGACAUCUUCCAGAUCGCCACCCCACACAGCCUGGGCAGUGUGUGGAAGAUCAGGGUGUGGCAUGACAACAAAGGGCUAAGCCCCGCCUGGUUCCUGCAGCACGUCAUCGUGCGGGACCUGCAGAGCGCCAGCAGCACUUUCUUCCUGGUUAAUGACUGGCUGUCGGUAGAGACAGAGGCCAACGGCGGCGGCCUGGUGGAGAAGGAGGUGCUGGCGGCAAGUGACGCUGCCCUGAGACGGUUCCGGCGCCUCCUAGUGGCGGAGCUACAGCGCGGCUUCUUCGAUAAGCACAUCUGGCUAUCGCUGUGGGAUCGGCCGCCACGCAGCCGCUUCACCCGCGUUCAGCGGGCCACCUGCUGCAUCCUCCUGCUCAGUCUUUUCCUGGGCGCCAACGCGGUGUGGUACGGGGUCGUGGGAGAUGCUGCCCACAGCCCACGACCCGUGUCCAGUCUGGUCCCUCUGAGCAUGGACACGGUUGCUGUCGGUCUGGUGUCCAGCGUGGUCGUCUACCCCAUCUACCUGAUCAUCCUUUUUCUCUUCCGGAUGUCCCGAAGCAAGGUGACCAGGUGCCCCAGCUCCACCCCCACUAGGCAGCAGGUGCUGGACGUUGAUAGUUACCUGGACUCUACUGUGCUCGACAGCUCUUUCCUCACCUUCUCCGGGCUCCGAGCUGAGGUCUUAGCUGAACAAAUGGGAAGUGAUGUCUUCCUGGAGGAUUCUAGGAGCCUGGUGUGCUGGCCACCCAGUGAGGGCUCCCUCAGCUGGCCAGACCUGCUCAGCGACCCACCCAUCGUGGGCAGCACCCCGCAGUGCCUGGCUCGGGGGCUGCCGGGCCACACACUGGGUCUAGAGGAUGACACCCCCUCCUCACCCAUCAAAUACUUCUCAGCUUCAGAUGAAGACCUGAUCCGCCAGAUACUGGCUGAAGGGUCUAGCAGCCUGGCCCCCACCCAGGACCCCCUGGUGGACACGGACCUGCUCAGCAGCCUGUCCAGAGCCCCCGGGGAGAGGACUGAGGCGCUGAUGCUGCACAGACUUGGGGAGAAAGGGCCCCCGAUCCCAGGCCUAGGCUGGGACCAACCACCUUCAGCCAGGCUCUGCGGCACAGGGCUAGUGGAGGGUCUGCGGAAGCGCCUGCUCCCAGCCUGGUGUGCCCGCCUGGCCCACGGGCUCAGCCUCCUCUUGGUGCUAUUAUCCGUGGGCCUAUCCGGCUGGGUCAGUACCAACUUCCCUCCCAGCGUCAGCGUCCUGUGGCUGCUAUCCAGCAGUUCCAGCCUCCUCGCAUCUUUCCUGGGCUGGGAGCCGCUCAAGGUCUUGUUGGAGGCCCUGUACUUCUCACUCGUGGCCAAGCGGCUGCACCCAGAUGAGGACGACACACUGGUGGACAGUCCAGCUGUGACGCCCGUGAGCGAGCGUGUGCCCCGUGUGCGCCCCCCCCAGGGCUUCGCACUCUUCCUGGCCAAGGAGGAGGCCCGCAAGGUCAAGAGGUUGCACAGAGUGCUGCGGAACUUGCUGGUGUACAUGCUCUUCCUAUUGGUAACGCUGCUGGCCAACUACGGGGAUGCAUCGUGCCAUGGCCACGCCUACCGCCUGCAGAGCGCCAUCAAGCAGGAACUGGACAGCCAGGCCUUCCUGGCCAUCAGCCGGGUUGAUGAGUUCUGGCCAUGGAUGUCCAAUGUGCUGCUCCCCUAUGUGCAUGGGAACCAGUCUAGCCCGGAGCUGGGGCCCCCACGCCUGAGGCAGGUGCGGCUGCAGGAAGCUCCCUGUCUGGAACCCCCAGGCACAGGGGCCCAGCCCUGCUCGGCCACAAGGGGCUUUAGCACUCGUGACUACGAUAUUGGCUGGGUGCACACUACCCACAAUGCCUCUGGGACCUGGUCCUACUCAACCCCCGACCUGUUGGGAGUCUGGCACUGGGGUGCGUGCGCCGUGUAUGACAGCGGAGGCUACAUGCAGGAGCUGGGGCUGAGCCUGGAGGAGAGCCAAGCGCGCCUAGAUAUCCUGCAGCAGCACAGCUGGGUGGACAACAGGAGCCGAGCCGUGUUUGUGGAACUGACGCAUUACAGCCCAGCUGUGGGGCUGCACGCUGCCGUCACGCUGCGCCUUGAGUUCUUGGGGGCUGGUCGGGCCCUGGCCGCCCUCAGUGUGCGUCCCUUCACCCUGCAGCGCAUCAGCUCAGGCCUUUCCCUGCAGCUGCUCACCUCGGUGAGUCUCCUGCUGUUUGCGCUCCACUUCCUAGUGGCUGAGGUCCAGGCCUGGUGGAGAGAGGGGCGUGGGCGCGUGCUGAAGUCCGGCUCCUGGGCACGGGCGUUGGUGGUAGUGCUGGCAGCAGCUGCUGCCCUGGUGCGCCUGGCCCAGCUGGGCGCUGCUGACCGCCAGUGGGCCCACUUUGUGGGUGGUCGCCUGCGUCACUUCACCAGCUUUGAGCAGGUAGCGCAGUUGAGUACCAUAGCUCGUGGCCUGGCCGCAUCACUGCUGUUUGUGCUUCUGGUCAAGGCCGCCCAGCAGCUGCGCUUUGUGCGCCAGUGGUCGGUUUUCGGCAAGACACUGUGCCGGGCCCUGCCAGAGCUCGCAGGCGCAGCUAUGGCCCUAGUGGUGCUCGCCGCAGCCUACACCCAGCUUGCGGUCCUGCUGGUCUCCUCUGGUGUGGACUCGCUGCGCAGCGCCGUGCACCGGGCUCUCCUGGUGGUGUGUCCCUGUGUGGGGAGCAGCCCCUUAUGGCGCCUGUCUCCCCUGCUGUGUGCGGGGCUCUGGAUGCUGCGGCUGUGGGGUGCCCUGCGACUGGGCACUGUUCUCCUGCGCUGGCGCUACCACACGCUGCGUGGCGAGCUGUACCGCCCAGCCUGGGAGCCGCAGGACUACGAGAUGGUGGAGCUGCUCCUGCGUAGACUGCGCCUCUGGAUGGGUGUCAGCAAAGUCAAGGAGUUCCGCCAUAAGGUGCGCUUUGAGGGCAUGGAGCCGCUGCCCUCACGCUCGUCCAGAGACUCCAAGUCACCCCCCGACGCACCACCACCCAGUGCUGGCUCAGAUGCCUCGCGUCCCUCCACCUCCUCCAGCCAGCUGGACACGGGUCUGGGCCGCCCAGGGCCACGGGGGGAGCCUGAGCCAUCCCGCUUGCAUGCGGUUUUUGAGGCCUUGCUGGCCCAGUUUGACCGGCUCAACCAGGCCACUGAGGACGUGUACCAGCUAGAGCGGCGGCUACAGGGCCUUCACAGCUGCAGGGGCAGUGGGUCCCCCGCCUCACCUCCCCACAGCCCACGGCCAGCCCUGCCCACUCGCCUGGCCAGGGCCAGCCGCGGCAUUGGCUUGGCCUCAGGCCCCAGCAGAGCAUCCCUUCGGGCCAAGAACAAGGUGUGUCCUAGCAGUACUUAG